AUGACCGCGCGGCGCCUCAGCCGCUCAGCCCCAGCGCCGAGCUGCCUUCGAACGCCCGCCCUCCGCUCGCGGGCGCAUCUCCCACCCGCCGGCCGCCAACCGAAACCUCGGCCGGGCGGUCGCUUCCGGCAGGAGGCCCCGCCCCCGCCCCGCUUCCGGUCGGAGGCGCCGCGCCGCGCUCUCAGUGGCCCGGCCGAGCGUGCCUUCCUCUGGAUUGGCUGUGUCGCUGCCGCGCCUUCCCUCGGCGGGGGGCGGGACUUCCGGACCUUGAGGGAGGCGUGGUGCCCUGGCUCCCGGAGGGCGGCCGGCGUGGUCCCGGAGUCGCGGCGGCUUAGCUCUGCGCGUGCUGCCUGUUCCCCCGCCGCAUCUCCGGUCAGCGGAGACGGAGCCCGGGACGGGACGAACUUCGGGCCGCGUCCCCCGGGCCGGAGACCCGCGGAUGAAGGGAAGAUGACCCGCGAUCGCUUGCCGGGCGUCCCUCCGCCAGCCCGCCGGGAACCGGGGCGUGUGGGCCGGGCCCAGCGUGCGGGCCCCGGAACAGGAGUCAGUGACUCCGGGAUGUGUUACUUCUUGUCAGAGAGGGCUCGGGACCGGGGACUGACAACCAGAUCUUUCUUGGGUAAAAAGAGCUGGUUUCGUCUGAACGCGGGGAACGGAAAAGCCGUCCCUGGACACUGUGCUUCGGCAGAACCGGCCGAUCCGAAGCCCACGGGCCGUGCGGACGCUACAGCCCGGGCGGUAAACCUUCCAUUUGUCCCACGUGCUACUUCCCAAGCCUCCGCCUACGACUCGUCCGCUAGUCCAAGGGAGACUCCGGCUUCGCGAUUUCACCAGGUCCCUCAGCACCACCCUCUGUCUUCGUCACACCCUGAGUACCCGCCCUGUCGCUUGUUUUGCCCGUCUGGAAUCUCCCGGUUAACAUGGGUGCCCAGUGCUCUCCUGACAUCCCAAGUCCAUGGUUGCUGUGGUCAGGGGACCCACUGCUCACCAGACGUGGCUGCUUAUAAAGCUUGUCCGACGGCCGGAGAAAGGAUUUCAGCUCCGAGGAAGAGGGGGUGAUACAAAGAGCCGGUUAGGGUGGGGGGGAAGCGUCCUCCAGGGAGGCUCAUGGCUGAGGAAGCCAGGUUGUGUUAAAAGGACAGUAUGAUUUAAAGUGCAGCUUAGAGCAAAGUCUGGGGUCUGGGAGGAGAAUCAAAAAGGUUAAGGCAGAAAAUGUCCUUAUUUUGUUAUGCAAGAAUCUGAGUCUGGGGGCCUAGAAUAGACAGCAGGGCGCUCGGGAGAGAGGAUUUCCCUCAGGAGGGACACAGCCGUGCACGGAAGAAACUAGCAUAGGAUGGCUUGCUGAUGGAGAAGAUACACGCGCGCACACACACACACACACACGCACACUCCAGUAUUUUGGACCCUCACACACAGAAAGAAAUCAGGUAAGUCUAACGUUGAAUAAAGUCGAGAGCCCAGAACCUGGCUCUUUGCCUUCUGUUCUCUGUA